GCAUGCGCGCUACACAUCAGAAUCUCUAACGUGGCGAUAUACACGGUUGAAGUACAGCGAAGAGAAAGGGUCAUCAAGUAUUACAUUUUUGCUUGAUUUCAUAAAAUUCUGAGAGACUCUCUUGUUCGGACUCCCAUAUACAAUUAGGAUGUCUUCCUCUGGAGAUUUCAGCAAUCCUUUAAGGAAAUUUAAGCUUGUUUUCCUCGGCGAGCAGAGUGUUGGAAAGACUUCACUAAUCACAAGAUUUAUGUACGACAGUUUUGACAACACAUACCAGGCUACCAUAGGUAUAGAUUUUCUGUCCAAGACCAUGUACCUUGAGGAUCGUACUGUCAGACUACAGCUAUGGGAUACAGCAGGUCAGGAGAGGUUCCGCAGUCUCAUUCCAAGCUACAUUAGGGAUUCCACUGUGGCAGUUGUAGUCUAUGAUAUCACAAAUGCCAACUCUUUCCACCAGACAUCAAAAUGGAUAGAUGAUGUUCGUACUGAGAGAGGGAGUGAUGUCAUCAUCAUGCUAGUAGGAAACAAAACUGAUUUAGCUGACAAGAGGCAAGUUUCAAUAGAUGAAGGAGAACGUAAAGCCAAGGAACUAAAUGUGAUGUUCAUUGAAACUAGUGCCAAGGCAGGCUACAAUGUUAAACAAUUGUUCAGACGAGUAGCAGCAGCUUUACCAGGCAUGGAGUCUGCAGACCAAACUAAACCAGCUGGUGACAUGAUUGAAGUCAGUCUUGAGAAGAACCAACAGCAGGAGACGACAGGCAGCGAAGGCGGUUGCGCAUGUUGAAAUUGACCAAUCAUCUAGAUUGUCAGUAUCCCGUAAAUGUUGAACACUCCGCGCCAUUCAUGAACUCCUUGCGUUUUUUUCAAAUGAACAAAGUUGUGCUUCUUGUAAAUCACAAAGGGGAGAUUUCGGCAUCAUUCACAUGUGUCUCUGUAAGCUGCAAGGAAGUGAACAAACAUGUGUUUAUUGUCAUGAAUUAAUGCUUCAUAUGUGAAUUGGGCUUUACUUCAGAGAAAUCAUCGGACAAUGAAUGUUUUAUGCAUGUUCUUAAUCGAUGUACAUGCAUAAAAUGCACAAGAUGGAAUAUGGCGCAUAGUGUUCCAUGUUUACUGUACUCCGUAUUACGACAGUUUUAUUUGUCAUCGCUUUUGGGAACAAGAAGGGCAUAAGUAUCUUUCCCAGAGUUUUAUGUCCUCCUUGCUCUCAUAAAUCAUUUCAAAGUCAUGGCUUACAGUCAAUGUAUUGCAUUGUAUUAUAGGAAUGUACUUUGAGAGAUAUUGGACAAGAAGGGUAGCUCAGAUUAAAGCUAUCAUAUCUUGGGCUAUGUUUUUUUUAAUUUUUUUAAUUUUAAAUAUGCGAUGAUUUUCACUUGGGAGGAUAGUAGCAAAGGAAAUUUGAAAUCAAAGCAAUAUAAAUCAUUUGCGCACUUGUGCACGAAUCUAUGCUGCCUCCAAAUGUUAUGAAGUUGAAAAUUGUUAGUGCUUCAAGUGGACUGAAAAAAAUGUUUGGUUCAUCAUCAUUAUCACAGAAGGGUGUUAAACUCAUAUCAUUUUGGGGGGAUCCAAACUGAUGAAAUUAUACUUUUCUACACAAUUCAACACAUGUAGAUUUUAAUUCUUCUUAUAUUUGACAUAAAUUUUCAUGGGAUUUGAAUAUCAUUUACUAUUUUGGAGGCCUUGAUUUUAGCUGCUUUGCCUUACAAGAAUGGAUGCAAGUUAAAUGAUAGAGACUGUAACAUAAGCUAUGUAUUUGUAUAUAAUUAAUUCUUUAUAGUUAUUAAACUCUAAUAUACAUUGUAGGUAUCUGUAUAUAGUAUUAAAAUAAAAGUCUUAAUAAAAAUCAUGAUAAAA